GUGGGGUGGGUGUAUCAUGUGAGCGUCGAGCGGCCUGCGGGGAUAUAAAUCAAGUCCGCUCCCCAGCCGCCUUCCCAUCCAGCCUUCACCCUCACCCUUCACCCUUCACCCUUCGCCCUUUGUCGACCCAUCCAGCCAUCCUCCAAUGAUGAUGACCAGAAGACAGCGUCUCUUGUCCGGUGCUGCGAGCGAUCGCCUCGAUCAAGAGCCCAUGAGAAUGCCGCCCAAGAAGAGAAGACUCUCCAGCGAUUGGAUGGACGUCCUUGACCAGGGGGGCGAUCGUCUCAGUAGUAGCUCCUCUCCAUGCCGCCCCGGUCCAUCGACUGCCGCAACGGUCGAGCGCCGUGGUAAUAUGAUCGGCGGAUCAUCUCCUCUCACUCCCACCUUUGGCAUGAGCCCGUCCACUCCUUCGGUUUCUCCGAUCACUCUCCCGUCCCCAUCCCCCAUGAAUUCGCCCACCAGGCAGAGUGCUACGGUGGUUGAUUCGCCCCCGCCUGGUGUCUUGGUGCGUCCACCCAGACCAGUGUUCAUUCGACACUAUUCUCAGCUGACGAUCGAUCACGGCUUCAAGAACAUCAACCCGGACACGCUCUUUCCGCACGUCGACGUCGAUCAGAGCUGCAAACACCGCCCAAAUGUAUCUCUGCGAUAUAUUGGCUUGCGUGACAUUGUUCAGCGCACUCCCGCACUCACCGCAUCGAUGCAAGUCAGACACAUCCGAUGUGGGAUGCGAGACUUUGACAUUCAGAGCAUGGAGAAGAAGCUCUUCAAGCAGUGUGCUGUCUUGAUCGACGACUGGUUCAAAAACUGGAAGCUCAUCAAGAAGCACCGUGGCAGAAUCGGGGAGUAUUCACUUAUCCCCACGCUUCGACGCCAACGCCAGAUUGCCGUUGAUCAACUGGUCUUCAGCCAGAUGCGCGAUCAACCCCCACCCUAUCGCUACCCCAUCACCAGAAUGGAUUAUGCCGAAGCGCUCUUGCCCUAUAUCACGGUCAUCCUCAUCCAGCGCUUCUCUAUCAACAACUCCAUUACCCGCUGGGAUGACUUCGUCAAGCGCUUCCCCGGAGUGUUCGACCAAUACACCAUCAUGUGACCAUUUGCUCCUUCUCU